AUGCCUCAAGACAAUCUACCGCUCGAUACGCUUGCAAGCGCCAAGGGACAGGCUGCGACCUCAGAAGCAGCAUUGCCGCAAUAUGACAUCGACAAUGCAGAGUUGACUCGGCUGGGGAAGAAACCAGUGUUGAAGCGCAACUUUGGUCUCGUGUCUAUGUUGGCAUUUGCGUGCACAGUGAUGAUUACCUGGGAAGGUGUCUUGCUGUUAUUCUCCAUCAGCUUUACGAAUGGCGGCUUCGCGGGAUCUGUAUACGAAUACAUAAUGGUGUGGCUAGGAACAAUGGCAACCUUUGCAACGAUGGGAGAGCUGGCGUCGAUGGCGCCUACCGCAGGGGGACAAUAUCACUGGACGAGCAUGCUUGCACCAAAAUUUUGUCGGAAGUUCCUAAGCUACUUCAUUGGCUGGUUGACAAUGAUCGGUCCUUCCAUGUCCGAGGAAAUAAGCAACCCGGCUGUCAAUGUGCCUAGGGCCAUGGUCUUCAGUCUGGUCCUCAAUGGCACCCUCGGCCUUGCCAUGCUCAUCGCGACGCUCUUCUGUCUCGGCGACGCAGACACGGUCCUUGGAACGGCAACCGGAUACCCCUUCAUGGAAAUUUUUCGCCAAGCCGUCGAAAAUGUACCUGGUGCGCUCACCAUGUCUGCACUGAUUUCGAUUCUCAACAUGUGCGCCACAAUCAGUUUCGUUGCCACCGCUUCUCGCAUGACAUGGGCCUUCGCUCGCGACCGUGGAACUCCUGGCUGGCGAUUUCUCAGCAAGAUUGAACCCCGAACCACGCUCCCUCUGAUGUCCAUUAUGUUCACAAUCAUUGUCGCCGUGCUUCUGUCUUUCAUCGGUCUCGGCUCUCCUGUCGCCUUCAAUAGUGUCGUCUCCCUGAGCAUCAACGGGCUGUAUACCUCGUACUUGAUCGGAAAUGCGCUGCUCCUCUACCGACGAGUUACCGGCGCCAUAAAAGCCUACGAUCCUUAUGACAGAUCCCUUGCCAACGUCGAUUGUGACUCCUUGACCUGGGGACCAUGGAAAAUCCCCGAGCCUUUUGGAACCAUUGUAAACGGCUUUGGGUGUGCCUAUCUGGUCGUUAUUCUUAUCUUCAGCUUCUGGCCCAUUGGAAUCAACCCGACUCCCAAGGAUAUGAACUAUAGCAGUUUGAUGUGUGGUGCGGUUGCAAUUUUCAGUCUGUUGUAUUAUUUUGUACGCGGCAAAAAGACGUACAAGGGACCAGUGGUGGAAAUUGACGGUGCAGAGCCGUCCAAGUGA